AUGCACGAGAAAGGGUCGCUCUUAGUGAAGCGCCCAAUAUCUUCAUAUGGCACCACUCAUUAUCCACAGAAGAACUACACCGUUGUCCCAGGAGCCCAUGCGGCAUCACGGCUCAUACAGAUCGUCCAGACGCCUCUUGGAAGCGGCUACGAUCCCUUUGGAGCCUUCUCGAUCCGUAUUGACUCUCAUGUCAGUGAACUGCUCAAGUUCUGGCGUUAUUAUCUGAACCGCCCAUCCGUGCAACGAGACAGAGCAAUACAGCAUCUCUUUAAUAGUGCAUGGCAAUUGGCGAUGCGAUGUCUUUGGACUCCGUGUGAUGGCUACUCAUUUCUCGCAGCUGCCGCCGACUUCUACACCGCUUCCACCCAGUCCAAUCAGAUGAUGGUACUUGCGGCACAAUGGCGCCUGCAAGCCAUUGCACUUCUGCGGGCGCAGAUCGCGUCUCGUGGUCUGUCACCUCGUGAUUCUGGCUGUAUAAUGAGGCUUUUGGCUGGCGACCUGGCUGUAGGGAACUUUGCUGCCGCACUGAGCCAUGCAAAAAUAUUGUCUUCAAUUUUUAAUCCCCAAAAUCCAGCAUAUGAGGCUAUACCAAGUGCCGCGAAACACGCGUUUCUCUGGCAAGAAACUCACAGAGCCACUGCGACCUUGUCACGGCCUCUGAUAGAGCUGAGUCAUCGAACAACAGACAUAAAUUUUGCUCUUCUGGACAGCCGUUUACGCAUCCCCGAGGUCGAGAUAGACCUGGAGGCACUGGAUGAUGUCCGUCUUGUGUCUCUUUACACACAGCUGAGAUCAUACCUCGACGUUCUAGCUCAGCUGUCCGACAGAAACAUUCAACUCUCUCGCCAUGCUUCCAUUGAGCUGUCAUCCAACUUACUCGUGCUUGGAGGGAAAUUGCUCGAUCAUGGCAUCCUCUGCACAGAUAAUGCUCGUCACACUGAUGAUGCUCUGGAGAUGCUCCGGCUCUCUCAGUUCGCCGCUGCGAGUCUAGCGGCAUUGUACUGGCUCCGCCUGAUGACUCGAAUGGAAACGGAUGGCGAUGAUGUUAAUGGUCCCGGCAUCAUGGUCGCUACCUGGCCCCAAGGUCCACGGAUUGCGGAGAGAAUGAGAAGCUUGCUUGAGACGUCAGAAAGCGUCGUCACACUACUACUUCCACCAUCGUCCGGCGUGUCUGUGUCAGAGCGCUUACGGCCGGAACUGCGUCUGCGGGUGUUCCUUCUUGAGGUUGGGUCCUUUCUCGAAGAGACCGCGAUGAGACGCGCAGGAGAUCGCUGUUUCUACUACCAAGAACAGCAACAGCAACUCUUGCUUCGCACCGGACUGAGUGAGAAACCUGCCGCAUACGAGGCAAUUCUGAAAGGAUUUAUACCAACCAAUACGCCAAGGGUUUACGCGCCCGCCUGGUUUACUCCUUCCAUCAGAACUUGGGGCUUGAGUUGA